AUGGGAAUUGAACGGGAUCUUCAAGAGGAAAUUGCUGGUACAAGCGAUUCAGAAAGGAUGCCGGAUGUAUCGGAUUCAACUAUGAAUUUGCCACGGAAUAAUUUAUUUUCUCCUGAUGAAUUAAAUGAUUCGAAUCUUAUGUCAUUUCUUGCAAAUUUCCAACCGUCUUUCGAACAUGCUGCACUUUUAAAUCAACUUCAAUUGGCUCAGUUGCAAUCUUUUCAACAGUUUUUACCAUUCAGUGCUGCUGCUUUUAAUGGAUCAAAUCCUGUGGUAAAGCUUAGAAGGCCUAAUAGUGCUAAUGAUAAAAUCAAACAAAAUACGAGUAAAAAUUUGCCGACGGCUUAUUGUCCGAUUUGUAAAAAAACUGUCUGUAAUGCAUACUUCCUAAAGAGUCAUCUCAAAAAUAAGCAUAACAUUGAUGACCCAGCUCAGAUGAAUUGUUUGGUGAAAUUUGCUCAAGAAUCUCUGCCUAGCUCUUCAAGCAAGCAUUUUGGAUCAAUUCAAACGCCAAACUCUAAUCCUUAUUUGAACAUGAAUGAAAACUUGUUGGCUGCUGCAAUGGCUGCUUGUGAUCCACAAGCAUUAUAUGGCUCAUUAAUUUCACCAAAUGUGGCGACCAGUCAAAUGUCUAAUAAUUCAUCAUUGUCACUAACUUCGAGAUUAGAAACUGAUCCAUCGGCCUCCGCGUCAAGGUCUGUUAUUGUAAAUAACACAGAUAAUGAGAGCAUACCAAGGUUGCAAGAUGGCAGUUGUGGACAAAAAGAUGAUCAGAGCUGGAAUUCUGAACCAGUAAAAUCAUUAUCCAACUCACAAAAUUUAAAUGAACCGACGAAUUCUGUUGUCAGUGUACCUAAUGUUGAUGCUAUAAGCGAAACAAAUGGACCUAUUUCAUUACAGCGACAAGUUGGCAAUGCGUUGUUUUCUAAAAAAACUGUUGAAGAUGAAGAAGAAGAUGAUGAUGAUGACGAAGAUGCGAGUCCAUCUGCUCAUAGAUGUUUUUUUUGUCCAAAAAAAUUCACAACAUCUAGUUAUUUAACUCAGCAUGUGGAAAAUCAUCAUCAAAAUUUAUUAGCUAGCAUCAAUCCAUUAAAUGUCAUGUUGAGUAAUAGCAGUCUGGUAAAAACAUUCGGUUUACCUCAGAGUAUUUUUCCGCCAGAAAGUGUCGAAAGUGAUUACUUGAAUAAUAAGGAGGCGAAAUCCGUUAAACGUAAAAAUCUGCCAAAUGAAGGAUGUUUUUGUGAAAUUUGCAAAAAAAUGGUUUGCAACAAAUAUUUUCUUCGGACUCAUAUGCUCAAGAUGCAUGCCAUUGUUAUCGAUGAGAUGAAAUAUCGUGAUGAUCCGGAAGUUCUUGCCAAAGAAGCCGAAGGGAAGCUUCAGUUCAGGUGCAAUAAAUGUGGCGUAACGGUUAUGAAUCGAAGUUUACUUCAAGAUCAUAAAAGAGAUACUCAUGGUAUAACUGUCAAUGCAUCGUCAUGCUCAAAUCAAGAAAAAGAAAGUCAAACUUUUAAGGAUUUUUCCGCAAAUGAAGGUCCUUCAGCUAGUGCUGGUUUCAGCCAACAAUUAUCCACUAAUCAGAAUAUAAAUUUUAGUGAAAUGUUCAGCCAUAUACAACAGAUCGCAAGCCGAGCAUCACAACAAUCGCUACAAGAGAGAGAAACUAUAAAAGCCUUACAAGAAAUGAUGGAAGCUAAUGGAAGUGAAACAUUGAGAAGUUGUCAUGAUAACUCUAGUAACUCUUCUUCGAUCCACCUUGAGCACGGCUUAUUGCAACAAAGUGAACUUGAGCAAUUACUGAUGCGGCAGCAAGCAGAAACAAAUAGGUUGAACGAAAAGCAGAGUUAUGAUUCUAUUCAGAAUCCAUUGAAUGCUUCGUUCUUGCAUAAUUCUGAUCGAUUAUUGAACAUAAAUGGCAAUGAAGAAUUGGCACCACUCGAUGCCCGUAUAGAUAGCUUAAAACAGUCGGUUAUCGAGACAGUUCCAUUGAGUAAUGAAGCAUUUGAAGCAACUUGUUCCAGUGAUUAUGAAGAGAUGGAUGAAGUUAUGGCAGCGACGACUGCAGUUGCUCGACAAAUGAUUGAAGCGAAUAGACGUAAACGUAAGCAUGAUAGUGGAAAGGAAGACAAUGAACAGAUUGCAAAUGCUCGGCAACGCCAUGAAGAGCUGUUACCUAAUGAAUCCGUUUCAUUUUCUACUCAAGAAGAUAUAGGGAAAAUUGAAGCUCAUAGCGAAAAGGAUAGUAUGGCCGUAAUUAUUGCCGGGCAAAAUGAUAUUGAAAAAACUUUGAAGCUGAAAACCAAUUUCAAGCACAAAGAUACCGUUGCAUUGGAUCAUAGCAGCUACACAAGUGCCUCAACAUCACCGGAUAUUACACGUGGUCAUGGAUUUAUUAGAAACGAUUUGCAAUGUCCAUAUCAACAGCAGUUCGAAGUUGGAGCCAGAGAAGAUGGUAUCAUUCCAGCUGAUCUUAUUUUACAAAUUCCAGUUCUUCGAUUAUCAUCCGAAGGAACUAAAUUAAAUCUUACAAUUAUUGCGAAAUCGCCUUCUAUUCUUAACAAUAAUGAUGAUUCUAGUGAUAAUAAUGAUAUUAACAAUAAAAAUAGCAGUGAUAACAACAAUAAUAUCAUUCCAUUAUAG